CACGAGACAGCCGCAGACGGUCAUAAGCGACUAUGGUUCUCGGUAAGCACACAGGUGGCACUUUUGUGUCUACGCUGGGGCUGGCGUUCGGGCUGUGGGUGAUGGUGGUGGUGGUGAUGUCUGUGGCGGUGACGGGCACGACGGUGGUGGCGCAUGUGCGGUGGCCGACAGAGCCGUACGAGAUGGAGUUUGCGUGGUCGAUGGCGUAUCCGUGGGGUGAGGCUGCGGCGGGACCGAUGUUGUGGCGGUCGAAUGGAACGGCAGUGGCGUACAACAUAACAGUGCUCGGCUUUCAGCAGCUGCAGAUCGGUGGAACGGUAUGGAACUGGUAUCCGGCGAGCGGCGAGUGCAACUCGUGGCAUGUGGAGUACGACCUCACCACGCACUGGUUCGACAACGCAACCGCGAUCGCCGCAGCAUCGCCGGUGGAAGAAACUUCGUUCUGGGUGGGAAGUCUUGCGACACCUGCGUCGGGCGUCGGCGCAGACUCUGUCCCGUACACCGCAGUGGCAGAGGUGGCGACUGGUAUUCCGAUCGAGUACGUGGCGGUCGGCAUUUUGCCUGUCCGCGCACCUAGUGACGGGUCGGCGGCGGCAUCGCCCGGCUCGGAGGUCCUGCGGCGGGUCUCGCUCAGGUAUGGUCCACAGGACGCGGCCUAUUUUGAGCUGCCCGACUACUGCACGGGGUGAGGUUUAGUUGGGGCCGGAUGAGUUGCGGAGGCUGGUGCGGAUCUGGUCAACGCGGGCGGCGGCGUCGUCGCGGGCGGCCUCGAGCGAGGCCAGCUCGGUUCCGACCUCGGUGGCAGCCGAGUAGCACUUGGCAAGGGUCUUCUUGGCCGGCUUGAGAGCGCGGCGGACGACCGAGGAGUAAACGUCGGGCAGCGACGAGA